AUAGCCUUGAAGGUACGUCAGCAAUGCCACGAACCUCAAGCCAUGACCAGCGCUCACGAGCCCUUCGCGCGCCGUGAGAACCGGGAUGAGACUAGGAGUGCGGUAUCCCCCAAGCGAUGAAGCAUGGCGGUCCCACUGGACCAAAAAUUAUGGAGCAGCAGACGUUGUUGCAGACAGCAGUCCGGCUCAUUCGGGAUGUUCGGAUGGGUCACCCCUAAGCGACGGCGGAUGUUCAGGUGACGGCGCGAGAGUCUUAGAGUACAAGCUAUCACUGUGAUUAGAAACUAAGACAGCGGGGUAAAGUUACAAUGUGCC